AUGCUAUUUCAGCGUUUGCUUUUAAUUUCAUUCUUUCGAUGCAUAUUUUUGUAUACGGCGAAUUGGACAGUUGAGUAUAUACGCGGUAAUCCUGAUGGGUAUUAUCGGGUAAUAACAACAAUUAACAACCAGUCAACACCAGGACCGACAAUUGAAGUUUAUGAAAAUGAGAUUGUUGAUAUUCACCUUCAUAACAAACUGUCAACUGAAACUGUCUCUGUUCACUGGCAUGGCAUGCACCAAACGCAGAAAACCGGAUGGAUGGAUGGUGUACCCUAUGUGACAAUGUAUCCAGUGGCACCAGGAGAAGUAUUUCAUUAUCAGUUUCAAGCAAGACAAAUUGGCACACAUUGGUAUCACAGUCAUGCGGGAGUACAAUAUCCAGACGGCGUUUUUGGGGCUAUUAUUGUCAAAGACAAAAACGAUCUAUAUACGAACAAGAUUAAAACGGAUUAUACAGUUAUAUUAAACGACUGGUAUCAUCAUGAUGCUAUUGAACUUGGGGCAGAAUUAGCAGAUAAUGUUCAUCCUGACUAUUUUCCAGAAUAUGUGUCCGGACUCAUGAAUGGGAAAGGUCGGUACAACUGCAGUACACAAGAAAUACAGUCAUUAAUUUGUGUCCCAAAUCACGAAUAUCAAUUAUACAAUGUUGAAUUAAACCAGAUCUAUCGAUUUCGAAUAAUUAGUGCAGCAUCUGGUCACACAUUUAAUUUCUCAAUUGACAAUCAUGAUUUAACUAUUAUUGCAAUGGACGGCAUUUAUGUCGAGCCGUUUGUUGUACAACGGCUGAAACUGUAUGUUGCUCAACGGUAUGACAUUUUGGUGACAAUGAAUCAGCCAAUAGCCAAUUACUGGAUUCGUGCCACUAUUUUUGAUUCUCAGGUAAUCAAAGGAAUUUUACAUUACGCUAAUGCACCGGAUUCAGUGGAUCCGACAAGCCAACCGUCUGAACCAAAGACCGUCUUAAUCAAUUCAAUGCAGUUAUCACCAACCGUGCAUAUACAGUACAACGAAAGUGAUCCAUUUGAGCAGUGGGUAUUGAAUUUCACCUGCCGUAAUGAUUCCUACAAGUGUGAAAUCAAUGGUGUUCAAUUCGGACUUCCAAACAAACCAACAUUAUUAUCAAUGUAUGAGAAAGAUGAAAAGCACAAAGCACAAACCCAUAUUAUUGAAGUUCCAACCAAUACAAAUGUCCGUCUGAUACUGAAUAAUCUUGGUAGUAUGAGUCACCCAUUUCACAUUCAUGGACAUGAUUUUUAUGUUCUUGGAAUUGGUGACGCCUAUUUCGACCAUCCACAUCCAUUUGAUAAUGAUACUAAGAAACUUCGAUUUAAUAACCCACCGAAGAGAGAUACAGAGCAAAUAAAUGAAUACUCAUGGAUGGUAUUACAAUUUUAUUCCAAUAAUCCCGGUUCAUGGUUUUUUCAUUGUCAUAUUGAUUGGCAUCUAGAAGCGGGAUUAGCUCUUGUAAUUAACUAUAAAGAUGGAAGUAGUAUAGAAAAACCGCCUAAUGAUUAUCCAAUAAAAACAAAUUAUAAGCAAGCUGAUGCAGCAGCACAACAAAGAAAAGUCAAUGUUAUUAUCCUGCUUCCUGUGGUUAUUAUUAUACUGCAGCUGUGUUUGGCUUAA